CAUGGUGCUUACUAGAUAGGUAGUCAACCGCACUUAUUUCGCAUUUCGGCCGCAAGGCCGGCUAUAUCUAUGGUUCGAAUAGAACAUUUCAAAACAUUUCAACUAUGCAUUUCGAAAAUCAUCUGUCAUAAAUAAUAACCAUAUUUUUAAAAUUUAAAAUUUUAUGUUUUGCGGUGUUUAUCUCAUAUUAAUUAAUUAGUUGUUAUUCGAAGAACUCAAAACUCAAAAUCCAACAUGAAAUUUACUGUUAAACAUGUUAUGAAACAAUCAGCAAGGAUAGGCGAAUUAAGUCAUAUUAAGGCCGAUUUCGGAAUUAAAAUGGAAACGCCGUUAGUACUACUUCAUACUCAAGCUGGACACAUUCCACACAUAACACAUGAAGUUUUAAAACUAAUUAGCAAAGAGCCCCAGAUAUUACAAAUACCAUUAGUUAGCAUUCAUAAUUAUUAUGAUGCUAUACAGGAUUACGAUGGAAGAAUUUCAGAAUUUGUUGGAAGUAAAGAUACUAUAUCAUAUAUUACCCUUAAUGAUCCUUCAAAUUUAACUAGGCAAGGCCAUCACGUUAAGGAGAUGGUACCUAUAUUUACAAAAAAUGGAAAAGUGCUUUAUGAUAGCCAGAAAUAUAUGGCAAUGAUUAAUAAUUUGAAACCAGAUAUGUACACUUUGCUAUCUGAUGGAGAUACUAAUAUUGCUAGUUCUCAAAAACGAAUAACAAAAUCUGUAGAAAAUACUGCUGCCUUUAAUAAGCAAUGCAUUAGUUACCAAAAGAAGUCAUCCAAUCUUCAAGAUAGUUUUGUUAUAGCUCCAGUAGUAGGUGGUUAUUGUUUGAAGUCUCGGGAAAAAUUUAUUGAACUGAUUUUACAGAAUGAUUCUUUUGUUCAUGGUUAUUUAAUUGAUGGACUUCAUAAUAAUGGCCCAGAAGUAGAAUUUAUCCCUUUUAACGAAGUAGAAUUAGUUGUGAAAAAAGUGAUUGAUAACUUGCCAGAAAGCAAACUGAGGGUAAUAAGUGGAUGUUGGAGUCCUGUUAAUAUUAUUAAACUUGUAAAAUGUGGUAUAGAUGUAUUCGAUACCUCAUAUUGUAGGAUAUUAACAGAAAGAUCAGCUGCACUUACAUUUUCAAUAAAUGAAAAUGAUCUGUCUGAGGCAUAUGAAAUAAAUUUACGUCAUAAUCAAUAUGCUGAAGACUUCAAACCAUUGCUUCUAGGAUGCCAAUGUAUUACAUGUAAUGGAUAUUCUCGAGGAUAUAUUCAUCAUUUAUUAACUGUACAAGAGUUACUUGGUUCGGUUUUGAUUAUGAUCCAUAAUGUUCACCAUAUUCUUAGAUUUUUUUCAAAAAUCAGGCAAAGCAUAAGAGAUGAAUGUCUGGUUGAUUUAGAGAAUAACAUUUUAGAUCAGUACAAUGAAUUUCAAUGUCAGAAAAUCAAAAAUUUGGAAAAUGAAAAUAAAUAGAAAUUAGAACUGA